AUGACUUUCCUAUCAAGUCAGAUUCCGGCUCUAGACCAUAACAAAAAUGGCCACCAAAAGCCCUACGACGUUCUCGAACAGCCGUUAGGCACUACGCACCAUCUUAGAAUUGUGACAGUGGGAGCAGGGAUUAGUGGACUAAACAUGAUACGGGCCUUGAGAAAAGGAAUGACAAAUUACGAUCAUGUUGUGUAUGAAAAGAAUCCCGAAGUCGGAGGAACUUGGUAUGAAAAUCGCUACCCAGGCUGCCAAUGUGAUCACCCAUCACACAACUAUCAGUUUACAUGGAAUCCAAAUCCGCGAUGGUCACAGUUCUCUGCCAAUGGACCAGAAAUUCAGGAAUACAUUCUCCGCUGCUGUGAAGAGGAAGACAUGCGAUCCGAGCUAAAGACAUUUCAUCAAGUAAUUGGCGCCUGGUGGGACGCUUCCAAAAGCCAAUGGAGCUUGAAAGUCAAAAACCUUGCCACAGGUGUCAUGAUAGAGGACUAUUGCGACUUUCUCUUGAAUGCUACUGGGAUAUUGAACAAUUGGAAAUGGCCAGAUAUACCGGGCCUGAAGGACUUCAAUGGAGACUUGAUUCAUAGCGCUGCUUGGCAAGAGAAUUUCAACUACCAGGGGAAGCGCGUCGCAGUCGUUGGAAACGGAUCUUCCGGAGUGCAGAUUGUGCCCGCCAUUCAACCAGCUCCUCCCCAAACAGAGAGGAUGCUGAAGGGAGCAUCGGCUGAAGUCAUGCAGUCGGCGCAGAUGGAUGGGGAUAAAUUUACACCAGAGCAAAUGGAGCGCUUUGAGAAAGACAGGGAUUAUUAUCGCUCCUUCAUUAAGGCUACAGAGGAACAAGUCAAUGCUCGCUUCCGAACGGUUCGCAUCCCACAUACCCUUCCGUAG